UCAGCCUUUUGAGAAACCUCCUGAAGAAUCGAAACCAGAGUAUAAAUACCACAGAUUCUGAAAAUAUCGAAUGGCAUCACCAAUCCCACUUAGGCCACUGGCAUAUCAAACGGAACCAAAUUCCUCGCAUCUCGGAACAAAUGGACCCAUAAAAUCACCAAUGCUGCUUGUUCUCCUUUUAGAUUCAUCACCCAUCUCACUAAUCCUCAUCCUCAUCAUCUUCAUCUUCCUCUUCCGCUUCGCUCUCCUCUUCUUCUACCUCGCCCUCCUCUUCCUCCUCUGUUCGGACCUCGUCCGCCUCACUUUCAACCUUCUCGGACCCUCAUGACCACCACCCAGGCCACGUCUGAUUCCCCACAGUCCUCCACCAAAACGGUGAGGCUUGUGAUUAAAGGGAGGGUUCAGGGUGUGUUUUACAGGAACUGGACUAUAGAGAAUGCAACCCAAUUGGGGUUGAAGGGUUGGGUUAGGAACAGGAGAGAUGGGUCUGUCGAGACUCUGCUAUCUGGGAAUUCCGAUGCGGUCCAGGAAAUGGAGCAGAGGUGUCGACGCGGUCCUCCUUCUGCAAUGGUUACUGGGCUUGAGGUUUAUCCCAGCACUGAUGACCCCGGUUCUGGAUUUGAGCGCAAACAAACGGUUUGAUCCAUCUUUUACAGAUUGAACAUUCCUUUUUAUGUAUAAAAGCUAUAGACUUUUCGGUUUUUAGGCAUCAAUAAGAAUCGAGAUAGAUCGUGAUUAUGUGGUUUUGUUGUUCAAAUAAAAUACCACUUGUCGUCUUCU